AUGCUGAACAUGAAUAAUGUUUCAAUUGCUAAUGAUGAAUACGAAGUUAUCGGCGAAGCACAAUGGCAAGUUCUGGAAACCAAUUCAGACGACCAAGUUAUCAAAAUUUACGGUUACAAGUAUUCAAAAUUACGUGCGAUCAUUUUUCAUUCAGUUUGUAUAAUAUUAUGUGGUCUACCGUAUUUCGCUUUUGCAUAUUAUCCUACUUUGCAUCGCUUCAAAUACGUAAAAUGCAGUUUGAAAACGGCUGAAGAAUUAUGUGUGACCGAGGGAGAAGGUUCCUUCCAUAUCGAAAAGGUAAAUGAAAUUGACUUAAGCCUCUCAAGUCAUAGAGGCAAUAAGCUGCGGUAUUUCAUUUACCAACAUAGCCGCUAUAUAUGGCUGAAUGAUAAUGGAGCCUUCAUCAAUGUAUUGGCACUCAAUGAAAAAUUAACAAUUAGCCUGUUAAUGGAAAAUAUGUCUGGAAUUAAUAAAAGGCAACAGAAUGAACUGAUAAAGUUGUAUGGAGGCAAUUCAGUUGAAGUCGAAGUAAAAAGCUAUUGGACAUUAUUUGUGAACGAAGUUUUCAAUCCGUUCUAUCUAUUUCAAGUUUUCUCUAUAAUCCUAUGGUCAUUGGAUGAGUAUUAUCAGUAUGCAUCUUGCGUUUUUCUCCUUUCGGCUGGUUCGUGCAUGAUGGCACUGUACCAGACAAAACAGAUGAGCAUCAACCUGCACAAGAUGGCGGGGUCGACGAGCACGGCCACGGCCACCGUGGUGCGGCCGGCGCGCGGCGGCGCGCGCGAGGAGUGCGUGGUGGGCGCGGCGCGGCUCGUGCCCGGCGACGUGCUGGUGCUGCCGCCCGACGGCUGCGUCAUGCCCUGCGACGCCGUGCUGCUCACCGGCUCCUGCAUCGUCAACGAGUCCAUGCUCACCGGUGAAAGUGUUCCUGUUAUGAAGGGUCCACCAUGCGUUUCACAAGAAGUUUAUUCAACAGAUACGCACAAACGACAUACGCUUUUCGCUGGUACACAUGUCAUUCAAACGAGAUUUUACGGAAAUAAUCAGGUUCUUGCGAAAGUAGUACGCACUGGAUUUUAUACUGCUAAAGGAGAAUUGAUUAAAAGUAUUCUUUUUCCAAAGAAGUUCGAUUUCCAAUUCUAUAAGGAUGCUGUUAAAUUUGUUAUAUUCAUGUUCUGCAUUGCCGCUAUUGGGAUGGGUUACUCAAUUUGGCUCUAUAUAGCCAGAGGUAGCCACGUGGGCACCAUCAUCCUGCGAACGCUGGACAUCAUCACGAUCGUGGUGCCCCCUGCCCUGCCAGCAGCCAUGACUGCGGGAAUUGUUUACAGCCAACAGCGUCUCAAGAGGAAUCGAAUCUUUUGUGUGUCACCGCCCCGGAUCAUUAUCUGUGGCAAGCUACAAGUUAUGUGCUUUGACAAGACGGGAACUUUAACAGAGGAUGGAUUGGAUUUGUAUGCAGUUAUACCUUUUAAUACUACCGAGAAAUUCGGUCGUUGUUGUAACAAUAUUAUUGAUCUGCCCAUAAAAAGCCCUCUCGUACAAGCUUUAGCAUCAUGCCAUUCCCUCACAAGUAUUCAAGGCGAACUAAAAGGAGAUCCACUUGAUUUGAAGAUGUUUGAAUUCACUCAAUGGGUUUUGGAAGAACCGGGUCCUGAAAAUACAAGAUACGAUAACUUGACGCCAGCUAUAGUUAAGCCAAGCACUGUUAAAAAUGAGGAUUUGCAGGACUUGGACAAUUAUGAUCCUUUUACCAUGGAAAUGCCGUAUGAGAUAGGAUUACUACGAAGAUUUCAUUUUUCGUCAUCUCAGCAAUCUAUGGGAGUGAUCGCUCGAGUUCUUGGCCAACCGCAAAUGGUGUACUAUGUAAAAGGGGCGCCUGAAAAGGUUGCAGGCAUGUGUGAUCGAGACUCGCUGCCAGAUAACUUCAGUUCAACUCUCAAUGAAUACACAUCAAAUGGAUUCCGUGUCAUCGGGCUUGCCUAUAAGAAGUUGGAUCGUAGAAUGAAAUGGGUCGAUGCUCAAAGACUUAAAAGAGAAACGAUAGAAUGUGAUAUGACAUUUUUAGGCUUUCUAGUCAUGCAAAAUAGCCUAAAACCGGAGACGACGCAAGUGAUAAAAGAAUUACAUGACGCUAAUAUGAGGCAAGUUAUGGUUACUGGAGACAAUAUAAUGACAGCCAUGUCUGUAGCUCGUGGAUGUUCAAUGGUGCAACCACAUCAGAAAGUUGUUCUCAUCACUGCAUCCCCGCAAUCGAAUGGUGAUCAAAGACCUGCGCUUAACAUGGAAGUGGUAGGUGAAGGUGGUCCACCUAAGUUGGCAAUAGAUGCAUAUGUGUUAGCAAUGGAAGGCAAAACUUGGACUGUCAUGCGCACUUAUUAUCCGGAGCUACUUCCUACCGUCGUCAGUAAAGGCACGAUCUUCGGUCGCUUCGGGCCCGACCAGAAGACCCAGCUGGUGACGGCGCUGCAGGCCGCCGGGCUGGUGGUGGGCAUGUGCGGCGACGGCGCCAACGACUGCGGCGCGCUCAAGGCGGCGCACGUCGGCAUCUCGCUCUCGGAGGCCGACGCCUCAGUUGCUGCACCAUUUACAUCACAAGAGCAAAACAUAAGAUGUGUUAAAUUGUUGGCUCUUGAAGGACGUUGUGCUCUCAGUACAUCUUUUGCCAUCUUCAAAUAUAUGGCUCUCUAUUCACUCAUCCAAUUUUUCUCUAUACUCAUUCUCUAUAAUUUUUACUCUAUCUUGAGUAAUAAUCAGUUCCUAUACAUUGACCUUGUAUUGACCACUCUGCUGGCUCUGUCUUUGGGUCGAGCAGCCCCUGGCCCAGUACUUACAAAGCAGUCACCGCCUGUUUCACUUGUAGCUAUGACGAGCAUAUUGCCUUUGACAAUGCAAGUUUUAUUAGUUCUCAUUAUGCAAAUGUCAUCUAUUUACUUGUUGGAGUCUCAAGAGUGGUUUAAACCAGUGCAAAGUAGGUCGGAUGUAGAGCAAGUGAACUGUUGGGAAAAUACUGUUAUAUUUAUAGUUACAUCAUUCCAGUACCUUAUUAUGGCCUGUGUUUAUGCUAAGGGUUGGCCAUUCCGGCAACCAUUUUGUGCAAAUUAUUACAUGGUACUGGUGUUAGUGACACAAGCUGUAUUUGUGACGGUGCUACUGUUUUGUCCAUGGAAGUCCCUGGCAGACUUUAUGGACAUCAAAGUUAUGAUGUUCUCCGAUCCCGAACCUAAUGUAUUUAGAGUGUAUUUAUUGCUGAUUCCGGUGUUGCACAUCACGUUAGCUAUAGCCAUAGAGGCGACCCUAUCGGAUCCAGAUCGGUUCUCGUCGCUGCUCCGUGCUCUCAGGCGCCGCUGCUCCGGCAAGGAGGAGGCGGCCGGUGAGGCGGCGUGUCCGCUGUGGCCGCCCCCCUCACCGUCCCACGUGUGCUGACAGCCACACCCGCACACAACUGUUUUCCUAUGGUCGAGUUUACCGCUACACGUGUGCUGACGGCCACAGUUUCCUCCACACGUGUCUCUCUGUUCGUGGUCAAACCGCCACGUGUGCUGACGACCACACCCGCCUCUACUUGUGAUUCUGUGGACGCCUUCACUCCCGACACAUUAACUGACGACCAUAACCACCUCAACACGUGUUAACUCGACACGUGUGCACGAUCACACCCGCCUCCGCAUGCGUACAUAGAAUUGGCGUCCUUGAUAUGUUAUUGAAUGUGACUAAAAUAAAUACACUCUGUGACAGUGUUGGAAGUGUGACAGUGUCCACGGCUUUGUGUAGAAUUUGAAAUUCCAUAUUUAAUAGGCUAUGGUAUCUGUGAAUAGUAUUUUGCAGUGUUUAACAAAACGAUUAGUUUUCAUAUUUAUUAUUGAACUCUUCAAAAAUGAAUAUUUAGUGUAAAAAUAUAGGAAAAUACAAACAAAGAACAAUAAAACAUAUGUUAUCAACUCUUAUUCAUAAAUCGGACACAAAAAUUCCAUCUAGAGUAUGAUAUUGAGAUUUUUAUAAUUUUUGUAAUUACCAUUCAACAAAACAUUUCGAUUGAGAUCAAACCAGUACUUAUAAUUCUAAUAUACAUGAAUUACUUACUACUACUACUACAAUUUGAUUGUUUUUAUCUGCUAAGAUGUUUUACUUAAAAGUCAAAUAUUGACAUUUAUUCAAUUAGUUCAAUUUUUCACUAUGUACCAAUGAAAUGAAAUCAGUUGUUAACAGUUUUAUGGAAUAAAUAAAUAUGAUAGUAUCAAUUAGUAAAAAUAAGGUCGUAAAUAAAAUAAAAAAACUGAAUUUGAUUUACACGUCAAUAGCAUAAAAUUUUUUGAUGUGUUUACAUGUAAAGUUUAUAAGGUUAACAUUUAGUAAGAAAUUGUAAGAAUAACUAGCUAAUACUGUAGUCGUAAUAACAAAACCUCGAAAUGCAAAUUAACUUUGGCAGAGUUUAUUCAUGAAUAAAUUCUUCAAUUUAUACCAAAAAUAUUGUGAGACAACAAUUGUUGUUAAAACAAUUUUGUUCUUUGAAUAAAUGUAAUUACUAUAAUAAUUUAAUUAUUUAUGUGAUCUACUAGAAAUUAUUUGGAGUGAGAUGAUUCCAAGGCUGUGUUGUUUCUCUUCUCACUCAUCAUUUUAUAUUUCUAUCUAUAUUUUAAUACAAAACUUAAAUAAUGGGAAAA